AUACAGGUAUUGCGGGUCGUUUGUACCCGAAGCGACGAAGUAGGACUGUUGCAACACGAGCAGUAAAGAGAGGAGUCCGGCGGUUUACCUUAUUGUGGGAUUUUGUCCGAAAGAAUCCAUAGUAGCACGUCCACAUUGUAUUGGACAGAACAACAAACGAUGAUUUCUUCUCUUGUCAAGGCCGGAAUGCGGGCCAUCACUCCGAGGUCCAAGAAAAACGAUGGGGCUUCGGACUCCGGAUCGCCAACGGAGAGAAAAGAUCAAUCCCCAGCACAAAACGCGAACGGCAACGACGUGAACGGCAUUGUCGUCAACAUUKCCUCCAAGAACGGUGCCGUGACGUCUUUGACGACCCCCAAGGGAAUGGCGGCGGGAUCUUGUUCCCAGGCCACCAUCCCGACGCCCUCUACCGCGUCGACGGUGGACAUCACUGCAAACAACACAACAUUCAACACGACAAUGGAUUCGGGUGCGCAGCCAUCGAAAGAUCUCUGCAGGAGCCUUCUUGCCGAUUCAAGCAUGGAUG